AUGGCGCUCAUGACGGCCCACAGCAUGCAGCAGCCCCGCGUUUCGUCAGCCAUUUCAGCGACGCGGCAGACGCUCUGGCGCUCAAGGCUGCCAUUGACGAGCACGCCCUGCAGCCCUCCGCUCCAAGUCACGCGCGCCGCCACUGUUGGGCGAUUGCAAACGAAUGAGGAAAUUUGCUGCUGGCGGUGCCUUCCGCCUUUGCGCGGUGCAGUCAGCUGUGGGACGGGAUCCUCCCUCCUCCCCUCCUCGUCUUAUCCCCGUCCCACCCUCCUCUCCUCCUCGCCUUUUCCCCGUCCCACCCUCCUCCCCUCCUCGUCUUAUCCCCGUUCCACCCUCCUCUCGUCCUCUUUGCUUGUCUCGUCCUCCUCGCGUCUCCUCGCGACUUCGUCUGUGUUGGUGGGGCACUGGGAUCUCGGUAGCAGGCUGGGCCAACAGUCUGCGACAUGA